AUGGCAGCAGUUUAUAGUUUCGUUGACACAGCUGCGGACCCUUUUAACAGCAGUGAUCUUAUGGAGUCACAACAACAAUAUAUGCAAGCAAUAGCUCUACCGGCAAACUUUGUUUCGCCUUGGGAUGACGAAGAUCACCCGGAAAACUUCAUCCCAGGUCCGGAGGACCAGUAUCAACCUCAAAGCAUUCAAGAAUCUUGGGAGGAGGAUGAGGAUCAGCCGGAAAAUAUUCCGCCACCGAACAGCAUUCAAUAUGGUGGCCACUGGGACAUUCCUCAAGUAUAUGAUGAGUACGAUGACGAUGGUGAAUCUGAUGAUGAGUUUGUUGAUAUACUUGGAGAACUGGCCGAACUGAAUGGGGAGAUCGUCACGUUUGGGAAUGAACUCGCUGUAAUUCUAGGUUUUGAUGUAUUAUUGGACCAACGAAGUAAUCUGUCCCAAGAAAUAAUCGCGGAACAUCUGCAAACUCUGAAGUAUCAAAAACUUGCUAAGCAAGAUGAAGAUGAAGAUGAGGUUGAUGAACUUUGUGUAAUAUGCCAGGAUGAAUUCAAAAGUGGAGAGAUGUUGGGAACUCUAGGCUGCAGACACGAGUUUCAUGCAGAUUGUAUCAAGAGAUGGUUGCAAGUGAAGAAUGUCUGCCCCAUCUGCAAGCGCAUGGCUGUUCAUCAUCAAGAAAUCUAA